CGAUCUAAACUAAGCAAGUUUUGUAGAAAACUGUUUUGUUUUCUCCUGCGACGCUGAAAUUAUCGCUUUUAUUUGAAGAUAAGAGAAGAAAAGGAUUUAAAAUGUAAAAGAAAAUUUGCUCCAAAGUAAAAAAAAAUAUAAUAAUAAUAAUAAUAAUAAUAACAAUUAAAAAAUCAGGGCCAAAGCUAAUAGAUGUAUAAAGAAAUUAAAACAAUACUUUCCCGUGUUGAUUCUCGAACGUGAUCAGCUGAUUCCAGUAGAGAAAUACGGCGGGCUUUACGAGGCGAAACAUUCUCGAAUUUAAGAAUAUCUAAUUUUCUCUUCUAGCAGCUGUGUUCGCAAUUAAUUCUUCCUGUCACCGUGUGGGCCUCUUGCGGCCGUUCUGAGAGCCACGUUUGGCCCAAGGACACCAGUGCCAUAGAUGAACAGUGUCUUGGAUUUUAUUAAGGUGUGCAUCACCCUUCACGUGCAAGAGUAGAAGCUAGUUCCUGAAGUGGUGACUAAUGUAAGGUGCUUCACAAGAAACGGCCAAUAAGGCAGUGUCCCAUGGCAUGUGAUGUUUGGACAUGAAGUUACUUUGUACUUUAUGAAGAACUGCAUGAAAUGUAUUGCAUGCAUAGUAGUAACAUGACAUAAUGACCCAUCUUCUGGAGCUGCAAUCAACUCAUGACUAAAUAGCAUAUAACCUGGAGGCACUGGAAUGCCCUCCUCAUAAUGGACUCUGAGAUGGCAGAUUUCAGAUACUACUUACUGCACGUAUAAAACUGAUACAUAUACAUAUAGAUCCACAUACACGCACUGAUUGGACAACUCUUGCGAAACAUUGUACAGUAUGAGCUCAAGAAAGAAGCGUGUGGACUUAAAUAUUGCCCAGAAAUUGGAUGUCAUAAAGAAGUUGGAGUCUGACAUAUCAGUGGACAGCUUGUCUGAAGAGUAUGGAGUCGCAAAAGAGACAGUUCUUGACAUUUAUAAAGCUAAAGCUAAGAUCAUGGACUUCUAUCACAAGUACAGUGUAAGAGAAGAUUCUCAGGAAGAUGUACAGAAUUGUAGUGGAGUGGAAGCUAGGAAAAGAAUAAAAAUGAGUGAACACAUCAUCAGUGGCAAAAGGAAUUGUUCAUAUUGUAACAAGACAGUGAGUUCUCAACGGGCUCUGAAGUUGCAUGAACGUCUACAUAUAGGAAAGGGGAUAUUCCAGUGCUCUGUCUGUGGAAAGACCUACCUUAACAAGGAGAAGUUCAUCAUUCACUUUAGGAUUCACACAGGUGAGAGACCUUUUGAAUGCUCACUCUGCAAUAAGAAAUUCAGUGACAAUUCAAUUUUGAAGAGGCAUGAGAAAACACACAAAACUGAUACACCAUAUCAGUGUAUAGUGUGCAAAAAAAAGUUUGAUUUAGAGACUGCUUUCAGGGAGCAUUUAAAAUGUCAUGCUGAUUUAAAGAAAUUUAGCUGUGCAGACUGUGAUAUGAAGUUCAAUUCAAAGGCCAGUCUUUCACGCCACAUCAAGAUUCAUACAGGGGAAAAGCCCUUCAAAUGUUCUCUUUGUGACAAAUCCUUUACUUCGAAGUCUGAUUUCAAAAGGCAUUUCAGGAUUCACACAGGAGAUAAAGUUUCAUGUUCCCAGUGCAACAAAUCAUUUAACACCCCUUCCAAUCUCAGGAUACAUGAAAGGAUACACACAGGUGAAAAGCCAUACAAGUGUUCAUACUGUGACAAGACAUUUUCUGAUAGUUCAAAUUGCAAAG